AUGAACAAUCAAGCAUACGGUGUUACACCUCCUAUAUCUGUUGCCAACUCUACUCCUAAGGAAAACGAACUUAAUGAUCUGUUAAUAAAGGAAUUGAAAUCAAGAGGCUCGUUUGAGAGUGAAACUGCCACGAAGAAAAGAGUGGAGGUGUUAAAUAUUCUUCAAAGUAUGACUGAAGAAUUUGUCUACAAAGUUUCUAUAAAGAAAAACAUAUCGGAAGGAAUGGCAAGGGAUGUGGGUGGAAAAAUAUUUACAUUUGGUUCCUAUAGGUUAGGGGUAUAUGGACCAGGUUCAGAUAUUGACACUCUAGUUGUUGUUCCUAAACAUGUUUCCAGAAAUGAUUUUUUUGAAGUUUUCUAUGAACUUCUUAAGGGAAGGAGCGAGUUAGAGGAGAUAGCACCAGUUCCUGAUGCAUUUGUACCUAUCAUUAAAAUUGAAUUUGCGGGAAUUUCGAUUGAUUUAAUUUUUGCUCGAUUAGAUAUACCUAGAGUACCUAGAGAUUUAACUUUAGAUGAUAAGAACUUGCUUAAGAACAUAGACGAAAAGGAUUUAAGAGCAUUAAAUGGAACAAGAGUAACCGAUGAGAUAUUACAGUUGGUUCCAAAACCGACAGUUUUUAAGCAUGCGUUGAGGUGUAUUAAAAUGUGGGCUCAACAGCGUGCAGUCUACGGUAACAUCUUUGGGUUUCCAGGUGGAGUUGCCUGGGCAAUGUUAGUUGCCCGGAUUUGUCAACUAUAUCCUAAUGCAGUGAGUGCUGUCAUCGUUGAAAAGUUUUUUCAUAUUUAUUCGCAAUGGGCAUGGCCCCAACCAGUGUUGUUAAAGCAAAUUGAAGAUGGUCCGCUACAAGUGAGAGUGUGGAACCCAAGGUUGUAUGCCCUUGACCGUCAGCAUAGAAUGCCUGUGAUUACCCCGGCAUACCCUUCAAUGUGUGCUACCCAUAAUAUUACUAGUUCCACUCAAAAAGUUAUAUUAAGUGAAUUUCAAAGAGGAAUUGAAUUGAUGAAUGACAUAAACGUUGGCAAAAAGUCCUGGUCUGAUUUGUUAGAGCGACACGAUUUCUUUUUUAGAUACAAAUUUUAUUUGUGUAUUGUUGCAGCAACUAGAUCUACCUAUGCUGAGCAUUUGAAAUACAGUGGGAUGGUGGAAAGUAAAUUGAGGUUAUUAGUACAAAAAUUGGAGUUGGUAGAGGGUAUUGAGCUAGCACAUCCAUAUGUGAAGUCUUUUGAAAAUGGGUACUAUUGCGACAAUGCUGAAGAAGCACAUGAAAUUAUGAACUUAUAUGGUACCCUGAAAGGAGAUGACAGAGUAAAGGGGGUUUUGCAUGCGGAGAACAAUGACAACAAUAAAGAAAAUGUGGAAAAUAAAGUUGAAUUACAUAUGACCAAGUUAUUUAUCGGAUUAAAGUUAGACUUGAGUAAGGAAGGUGAAAAGAAAUUAGAUAUUCAAUAUCCUUGUGCAGAAUUUUUCAACAUAUGUAAAGGCUGGCAAGAUUUUGAUUCAGAAAAGCACUUUAUUCAAAUUAAGAAUGUGAAGCUUUAUGAUUUGCUGGAUGAUGUUUACGUGGAUGGGGAAACAAGACCUAUAAAAAUUGCGAAAAGGAAGAGGGCUGUUUCUAAAAAUGAGGGUAAGAAAAAGCCCAAGAGUGUCGGAACAGUAAGUGCAGCUUAA